CUUCUGGGGCCAGCCUAUAUAUACACACGACUUUUAAUCAUAACGUUGGAGAUUUCUUUGGAUAGAAAAUCGCGGUAACACUUGGUAAGAUGUAAUGCUACAAGUGUAAAUUUAAUAUUGCCACACAUUUCUUUCUUUCUUUCGUUCUUACUUUUAUUUUGAUUCUUUCUGUCUUUCUUUUCUUUUGUUCUCUCUUUCUUUUUCUUUCUUUCAAUUUCAGUUAGUAUUUUCUUUUUAAAAAAAUCUUUCUUCUUUUAAAGUUUAAACUAUCCAAUUAUUAGUUAAGUGUUUAUCAAAUAAAAAUGUUCAUACUAAUAUUGCAUUUUUAAUCAAUUCAACAGCUCGUAAAGAACGAGGCAGUACACCCAGGAUUGAGUAAUCUGAACUGUACAAUCCUAGGGCUAGACAUAGGCAUAUUCACCAUUUAACAAAGUGUUCAUUAAAAAUAAUUGCCUAUACAUAAUAUAUAUAAAUAAAAAUGACAUUUUUUGACAAUGAGUUGACUUUGAAGCCGUCACAACUUGGAGCCAAUGACGCACUCAGACUCUGCACAGAUACAACUGAUAUUGACAUCAUCAUCGACCUGACCAGGCAUUCCAGUCCCCAGGUAAGAAAACAUUUCAGUUCGACACACCAUUCAUCGGGAGACAUUAACUAGCAUAAUAAAUAUUUAAAAGUAGGGCCUACUGCAUCUUCAAAGAUGGUAAAACUCGUACAGAAUCCAUCGGGUUCAAUAAGUUCACUAACUCAGUUAUACCUCCAGAGUGCCCCAUCGGAGCAAAAAUAUGUCCAACAAUAAAUCAAAUGGCACUGCUGGGACUGCCACCCCACCCCCUGAAAAAUCUGAAGUGCCCCCCCCCCCCGGAGAAAAUUUCUGAAAUAAUCACUGGUUGAGAGUUGUAAUGCAAAUAAUAAUAAUAAUAAUUUUUUAAAAAUAUAUAAGUUAUAAAACAUUUUUUUCCCUGGCUGUUAAAAAAAAUAAAUAAAGCAAUAAUUCUUUAGGUUNGGGGGGGGGGUAUGGUGAUGCGUCAUAUAACUUUUUGGAAAUACAUCAGAAGUCAUGUGUUUAAAUUGUUAUAGUUUUUUUUUUUUUUUUAAAUGUUGUCUUGGUAAUAAGAAUAUUUACCCAUGUGCUGAAAUCAAAAUAACGUAAUCAAAAUUCAUUUAUUUGGAUCAUUAAAAGUAUCUUAACGUAUCUUAUUUUUUUUAAAUAAUAAGCUGUUGCAAAGUAGUAGUGGUUCUCACUGAUACCGGUACGUUGUUGUCAUUCAUUAUGCUGAAGUGAGCUAAAAUAAUUAAUGUUGCGCAUGAUGCUAAGAGAGACAACCGUUUGAAAAAAAAUGAAUUUAGAUUAUACGCAGUUUUUCCCCUUUAAUAAUUGUUGAUACUAAAACAGGAGCCUGGAAAUCACGGCCAGCGGACCUGAUGCGGACCGCGGUUUUUGGUUUAUCCGGUCCGCCAUGAGAUUAUUUAGUUAAAUUAAUAAGAAUAUUUUUAAAUUUACAAAUUCAGUAUUUGCAUAAAUAAACAUGUGAGUGAAAACAGUAUUUAUGUUCUCAUCCAACCAUUAGAAUAAAGAAGAUGCAGCUUCUUGUUUUAAUAUUCUGAUGGGAAAAAAGCUGUCCUUAACGAUAGCAUAUUACAUUUUCUGACUUUUGGUACCCCCAUCCCUCCCCCGUUUCAGUUUUGUGCUCCUGCAGUCAAAACUGGUGGUUUACUUUUUUUUAAAUUUCCACGUGACACAUUUAGGUCCCUUAAAUAUCCAAGGUCCCAUGCAGCCGCAGGGGUUGCCGGUUCCACAUGACUGCUCCUGUUUUAAGGAUAAACAUAGUUUGAGCAUCCUUCAAUCUUCGAAAUCAAAACAUUAUAAAUUUUUAAAUUUUAAUGUACAAUUAUAGUUCUAACAUCGCACAGAGAAGGGGACAGAAUACUGAAGUUAAAUAUUUUAAAAUAGCUCAUAUCACCUGUGAUUAAGUGUGUGACGCCUUCUCUCUCCUCUCCCCGCAGGUGAGACAAAGAGCCCUCCGAGAGAUGUGUCCGUGUCGAGUUCAAAAGGACAUCACAGCUUUCUGGAAUCGUGUAUUUGAAAUGUUGCAAGACACUGAUGAAAACGUUAGGUGAGAAGAGAAAAAUGGGCGAUCCUUAUUCACAUAUGAUAUUACGCAUUUUCCCCUUUAUUUUGUCCUCUAAGUGAGAUUGCCUAUAAAUAAAAUAGGCGUGUUAGAGUUUAGUGGGGAGGGGCGUUAGGGGGCUGGGAUAAGGUCUAAAGGGGUCCUGGUGAAUUACAUGAGGUAAAAUCUUGUAAUAAUUGCAUAUUUUAUAUAAAGAUAGGAUGAAUUUGUUGCUGGCAUGUUUCAGGAGUCUAGUGCGUAUAAACACAAGGCCAGCUUCUUCACGACUUUUAUGAGCCCGCCACAAAGGAUUCAAUUGUUUUUUAUUUAACUUGAUAUAAUCUUGAGUUUUAAUGUGAUGACGUUAUAAUGUCCAAUCGUGAAUGGGAUCUCGGAAAUCUUCAGUAUAUAACUAGGUUUAUGGUGGUUAACAUAAAAAUACUAUAAUUUAUCUCAUUAUAUCUUUGUCAGUAGUUUUGGAAGAAACCAAUCACCACGGAAUUAACUUCACUUAACCAAUUUCUAUUUCAUGGUCAUUAAGGGAAUCUAUGUUUUUAUGAACUUUCUCUCAUUUUUAUCUGAUGACUCCUUCAUCAAAUGUAUUCUUUAAACUUUCAACUGUAUAUGUUUUAUGCUGAUCUUUCCGAGACCAGCUCCGACAGCGCUUGUUUCUUAAUAUUUUACAUGAUAUAAUAUGAUGAUCACAGAAACUUGAAGUCAAGGCUUUAAAAGACACGUGUACGUCCUUUGAGCCCAGUAGUGUUUCAAAUUACAUUUUACAAUUAAUUCCUACACUCGAGUCUUGCAGAUUACUGCUGAAGAACUUAGUUAAUUAAAACUCCCCCCUCAAUAAUUCUCAUUCGUUAAAAAAACUGAGGUAACGCUGGAUCAAGCUAAUCAUGUCAUUAAGAAAAAAAAUCAUUUAUCAUAAAGGGCUUAUGACAGCAAGUGUUCGAGAACCACUGGUAUCAAUAUUUUAACCAAAAAAACAACAACAUCCAAUCACAUGUCAAAUCUCACAGUGAUGUAACAGUUGAAGGGUGGGGUGUUUUUAGUUUCGGAAUUUUUAAAAAGCAUUUCAAUAAAUUUUGUUAAUAUGCAGGUAUCAAGUUCUCCACACACUCUGUGACGGCAGUCCCGUACAUUUAGAAAACGAAAUUGCCGAAGCACUGGAUGUCUUCAACAGAGACCCAAGCCCUAAGAUCCGAAGACAAGCUCACCGUGCACUGGCAUCAUACAUGCGUACCGGGAAAUGGAAUAUCUUAUAAUUAGCUGACUGUACAAAAAAAAUAUAUAUAUAUAAAAAAAUAUGAGUUUAAACCUACCAUCCAAAAAGACAAUUGAUUGGAACAGCGCCACACCUAGACUUGUAGCCAUUUUCAAUUGCGCAUUUUUAAAAUUGAUUGUUCUGUUUAGUCAAACGAUUUGUAGAGGGGGCAGAAUAUAGAAAUAGUUGGGCAACCAUGCACUAGGACUUACUUAGAUAAGAUGUAUUCAUAGAAAAGAAUCUGAAAAGGAUUUUUAAUGUUACAAUGUUACAAAAUAAAAAAUUAAAAAAAAAAAACUCGCCCGAUAAGGGACUUGAACCCUUGACCCUCAGAUUAAAAGUCUGAUGCUCUACCGACUGAGCUAACCGGGCGUUACGGUUAACUAACAGCGUAAAAAAAGUUGUUACGCAUAACCUUGUCCCAUUUGUGUGUGUGUGGGGGGGGGGGUGAGAUUUGGAAAAAAAAAGGGGGUGGGGAUUUCUUAAAACCACGUUGUCAAUGCAUUAUUUAAAUCUGAAUCGCGACACUAUGAGAAGUAGAACUCUUAUGUUGAAUUGGUGGCAACAAUUGUUGAAAGUCCUUUUUGGCGAAUAGGCCUACUAGCCAGACUGCACACAUCUUCAUUCACCAAAGAUGUUAACAUGAUAGAAAGUAAAAUUGUUUAUUGAGCUUGAACCUUAAAAAUGUAGAUCUAAAUUUU